AUGCGUUCUUCCGUCGUCGUCGUCCUCGGCGCUGCCGUUGCGGCAUCAUGGGCGUCGGAAGUCUUGGUCAAGACCAUCGUUACCGCCGACGACAUCCUCGCCCGAUCGUUUGACUCGCUCCUCACGAGCCGAUACACCCUCGAAGACCGCGCCGGCUCAACUGGAACUGGAUCCACCGAUAUCAACAUGACCGAAUGGUCGGCCAACACCAAGGCCGCCUGCCAGUCUACCCUCGGAUCGCUCCCCCGCGUCGCCAGCCCCUCCGGAAUGGCCAUCUGCCUCAACCUCCUCUCCCUCGACACCCGCAACGGGAUCUUCGAGGCCGACGUCGGCCUGUACCGCGCCUCGGCCGCCCGCGACGCCUGGGUCGGCGUCUUGGCCCAGGACACAGACGUCAACGUCAACUUCGCCAAUGCCCAGGUCACGUCCGUGUCCGAGGAUCAGGUUUCCGGCAUGGGCCUGGUCGGUGGCAAGUCCCUGAAUGCCCGCCAGGCCGAUGACGAACCCGCUCUUCUCCAGUCUUACAUGCUCAUCGGACAGAUCAACGAGGAUCAGAUGAAGGAUAACAUGACAAUGUCCGACUUUGAAAGGCUCGUCAUGCCCAACUUCUCCCUCACCGCCCCGACCACGGCCGGCAACCUGACCAGCCAGCUCUCCCCCAACGAGGCCGCCUUCCUCACCGGUGUCUUCUCCGACAUGUCGCCCACCUCCGCGCUCGCUCUCGCCCAGGCUGAGGUCGACAAGCAGACCCAGCGCCUCGAAGAUGGUGAAGUCGCCUUCGUCCUGCCUGGUACCCAGCUGCUCAUCUUCCCCAUCGGUCUCAUCAUCACCCUGUCCUGGGCCGUCAUCGGUUUCGCCGCCUACGGUUUCGGCACCGUCGAGCGUUGGCGUUACAGGGAGAUGUAUAGGGAGAGGGCUGGCAUUGUCGGUGGCCGCAUCAUGUCCAAGCGUAUGGGCAUCUAA